AUAGCGGUUUUAUUGUCAUCCCCUUGAAAAGUCUAUUUUUAUGAAAUUUUGCUCGCCAGAUGAAAAGCGGAUCAUCUUGGAAUAAGUUUUAUCAGGAAACAAGUUUAACAGGAAAAUGAAGAAUAACUGUCUAUUUCACUUCGCCUUGAUUAUUCUGAUUUCAGCGACUGUUGAAUCAAAGCAUAUAGUAGGAAAGCAUGGUCACCAAUCCAAGAGACUUCAAAUCCCUCACAGACCUGUCAAACCUAAUCUAACUUCUAGAAACAAGAAACAUGAGAUUGUAACUCUAGCAGCUCCACCGAGUAUUGGUGCUUUACUUCCCUCAGCGCAUCAUAUGACCUUGAUGCCUAACGGGGUACCGACAGAAUUUGGAGGAUAUAUCCACCACUUAUUGCAUCGCCAUCUCCUGGACAUUCCGGUUUACCAUGGAUAUCAUGGGGUUUAUCCGGUUCAUUUGCCACAACAUUAUGAACCAAUUGGUCUUAUUGGGCACCGUCUCUUCUACCGACACGGCCCUCCUUUCCUACAUCGGUUUGUCCACAGUCCUUGGCCCCGACCGCUGAGACGUACCUUGGGCUAUAAAUAUGAUUCCCGUUUUGGUCAUAGUCUCUGGCAUGGUUCACAUGUUGGACAUAAUAUUCCAGCUGGUUAUGGAUUCGGAUAUAACGGCUAUGGUUACCGGGGCUUCCAACCGCUGAGGGGCUGGUACCCAUACUCAUUUGAUCAUAGCGUUGAUUUGCGUGGCGACAGUGGCCCAACCACCAUGUUUGUUGAAAGAAGUUCAAUACCUACAUCCAAGAGAACUGGACAAGGCAGAAAGGUUGAUGUUCGUCGGCUGCUUAAAACUUGGCGUAAUUUAAUACUAACAAAGCGGAUACCAUUUGCAUUUCCUCUCAGUCGGUCUAAGUUUCGCUAUCCGUUAAGUCGCAAACUUCUUCCAUUUGGCCUUCGUAUUCAGCGUUUCAAGAUGAGCCUGGCUCCGUUGAAAAGAAUGCUGAAGCAUUCCAAGACGUAUAAUAACUUAAUGAUUCAUGACAAAAAAAAAAAAGGAAAACCCACCGUGAGAAAAGGUUAAAUAAAAGCUAAAAAUCGUAUUUUGAGUUAUUUGGCGAGAAAUAAGCAGAGAGUACACUCACAGGCAAACUUGUGUCGAUAACCGUAGCACUAAUGUGAUUAGGUUUAAUAUUACAGGGUGAAACCUCCUUCAACUUUCAUACAAAACGAUGCGUCAAGAAAUAUCCAUUAACCGUUAUGUUGAUCGUGCGAAAUGAAACAUUGCUUUAUUUACAUUUUUUUUUUGUAUUUUUUCUUUUCUAUUUAUAUCUUUUGU